AUGCGCGCCUCGGCGGUGCCCAUGCCCGAGCUGCAGGGUGCGCUGUUCAGAUACGGCGACAAGUCGGCGCAGGUCGCCUUCCAGUCGGGGAGCCAUGGGCGGCACGUCGUGCUGGUGGGGGGCCUCACGGAUGGGCUGCUGUUCGCGCCGUACGCCGAGGGCCUGGCGCGGGCGCUGGACGGGAUCGGGUGGUCGCUGGUACAGGCGCAGCUGACGUCUUCGUAUCAGGGGUAUGGAGUGCAGAGCUUGGAUGACGAUGCUGAUGAGUUGCACAAACUCGCCAUGCACCUUCAGACCUGCAAGAGUUCUGUUGGUAUUGUGCUUGUUGGGCAUUCAACGGGGUGUCAGGAUGUGGUGCGAUUCGUGCAAAGUUAUGGAUCAGACAAAAGCAUGCCACCACUACUCGGGACUGCGCUGAUGGCGCCAAUCAGUGACCAAGAGGAGCUGGCAAUGCAUCCCGAUCUCAAGUUGUAUGAGGACAAAGCAAAACAGAUGGUUGCAGAUGGCCAAGGCAACGAAAUUUUGUUUCGCAACUAUGUGACUGAUGAUGGAACACCAACAACUGCUUGUCGUUUUGCCUCUUUGUCGUCUCGUGGCGGGGAUGACGACAUGUUCAGCUCCUACUUCUCAUCUAACGAAUUAAAGAAGCUGCUUGGUCACAUGUCCCUCUGCCCAUGCCUCAUAGUGAUGUCAGGCAGUGAUGAGUUCGUGCCAGACUAUGUGGACAAGCAGAAGCUGGGCCAAAGGUUUGUGGAGUCUAUCGGGGACUCGGGUGCUGAGCUUGUCGUGGUUGAGGGUGCCAGACAUGGGAUGGAGGGCCAUGAGGAGAAGGCAACAGGACUCCUGACACAGUUCAUUAAAGAACUGUAG